GAUAAGGGGAGUGUGAGGGAGAGGAAGUGAGAUUCGGGUCUAUAAGAACUUUGUUGACUGGUGGGAAUGAAUCAGCCUGUAAUAUCAACGUACAGUAUUGUGCCUUUCCUACGCAAGUCCGUGGCUUUUGUUUGCUAAGUCCACCGUGUUGUCAAGCAUCUGCAGCGUUUCGGUAUGAUUUUGCAUUUGGAUGUUGUAUGGACAGACAUCAGUUCACUUCGUUUGGUAUUGUCACUACACUGCAUUAGUCCUGAUUUAUUAUCAACUUGUGAAGCUUCGAGAACUUUGCCAGUUGCAAAUUUAUUAUUGUUUUUGGUUUUUGCUCUCCAUCUGUAUUACACACAGGUAUUAUGUUAGCACUUACUCCUUAACUGUAUGGUCUUCAAUAGACCUCUUGCCACCUGUGUUCCAUUCUUUCUCACUAUUUGCAUUACAUACUUGCAGCAUUUUCCAUCGCUUCUUGUUCCACAACAAGCCUCACUCCAAACACCCAAAAAAUCAGACCACUUUUCGCGCAAGCGUGUCUCCGUCUACGCAACGCCAGUACCACACUCUUUUUCAGCAACCUCAACCAAAACCCGCGAAACCACACCAGAGAGACAAGCCAGGAGAGGAUCGAAAGACGCAAGCGGAAACGGUGAAUGAGGGGAAGGGGUAUCGAUCUAUCGGAGCGUCCUGGAAUGAAACAAUACAACAUUUCUCUCACCUCCACCUCCAUAACAAGAUUAAACAACAAUCACAUACAGUAACAACAGCCCAAACCAUCGGGAACAGAGCGAAGCAAAAGCACAAGAACACCAGAAAGGGACCCACAAAUCAAUCAAACAGACAUACUCUUCACGUCCGCAACCCAACAAAGAUCCUCACCUUCACGGAACAGCGUCCCAGAACGGAGAGCGUGAGCAGUCGAUCGAAUGUUCUGUUUGACACGCAUCACCAACUUUCAGUCACUACCCAAACAAAACUCCUAAGCCCCGCUGCGACGCACUGGCAACAAGCACGAACACGAGCGGAUACAGAAAUGAUCUACCGUUACUCUCUGCUCAGAUCGAAGGAAACAUCAUCUCAACACCCUUUCACUCUCAAUACAACCAACAUCACAUCAGCAAACCAGCCGAGAAUGAAAAAAAGGAGAAGUGUAAGCGGAGCGAGAAAAUAGGAGGUCCAAGUGUGCACAGCCCCAUCUAUUGGUACAAAAUCCACGGUCCUGGUGGUCUUACCUCCAAGUCCAACGUCCACACUUGUCGA